UGAUAUUCUGAUCGUGAAUUCUUUAUUUUAUAACCCAGAAUAUGACCAGGCUGUCUUUUGAACACCGGAAAAUAUUUAUUUGGCUAAAUGUUUCAGGGAAAAAGGAAAUUAUGUGACUCAAAAAGCCCGUCGCUGAGGAAUUUUCAGCCUUACAGGUACUGCCUCUUACUGCCAACUGUAGAGGAUAUGAUAGUGAAGUCAGAUCAGGUUCAAGCUUAUUUAUUUGUUGGCUCACAUAUUUAGUCCAUAUAAUGUCCAAACACCUUUUAGUUUCCACAAGAUUCAGUUUGACACGACACAGCAAAAACACAUUGACAUUCAAUUUCUAUUGAGAUGAAAGUAAGAGCUGGAAGCAUUUGCUGCUAAAAUUACUCAACCUUUGAGUUAAUGAUCAAAACUGUCUCCUGUGGCAAGCCGUUUUAACAUCUAAUCACACUCCUAUCUGUACAUUUGAUAUCCAUAAUAGCAUUUCUCAUAGUCAAAACUAUAUUCGCACUAGUCAGAAUGGUAAUUAAAGAUAUAAGAUCGCAGUUCAAAAAAGCUGACUUUGUAUAGCGGACCUUUGUUGUUGAAAGGUGCAGUACAAACAAAACUGCUUUCCCUUGUCUUUGUUAAAGUGUUCAAGUUCAUAUUAAUGGAAGGAAUCUCUGCAUUCAGAAAACAGAUCCCAUCAGCAGAAGUGAUAAAAGUUUUUAAUCUGCCUCCUUUUUAAAAAAUAAAAUCUUAAGAAUUCCCCCCAAACACACACACACACACAUGCACAUCUCAUAUUACUAUUUUGAGCUACUGUAUCAAUCCCUUUUGUAUUGUAAAGAGGACAUCCUGGGCUUUCCAGUGAUAUGUCAUGUGAUAGGCUGGGAUGCUGGGAACUUCCUCUUGCUUUUCAUCCAAAAUGAACGGCAUAGCAGCAAGCACAUUUUCUGGAGACAGAACUGAAGCAGGAUUCUUUACCGGAUAGUUGAGGGAGCUGUCAGAUGAUGAGGAUAAGUUUGAACCUGGGAUAGAAGAAGAUGGUGAAGAAGGAGAGGAAGAAGAUGCAGGAGGCUCAGAUGAGCAGACAGAGACAGACACAGAGACAGACAGGGAUGAAGAGGAAAGACGUCAUCCUCUGUGGGCCAGGAGUGGCACUUCACAACUGUAAGCAAGGGAUAGGUUCUUCAAGCUGAGAAACUCAUUCAAGAUUCUAGAUGACUUAGAUGUAACAGACGAAACAAAGAAGGCAGACAGUCUUUGAAGAGUCGGGUCAUUACUUGACUGUGUGAAGCAAAGCCGUCUCAACCUUCCAAAGUCUGAGAGGGUCUGCACUGAUGAACAAAUCCUCCCUUUCACAGGCUGCUGACCAGUCAGGCAGUAUGUUACAGGCAAGCCAAACCUUACUGGCCUAAAGCUCUUUGUCCUUGCUUCUCCGAAAAGAGGGGAGAGGCGCAUUCAUUCUGGUGAUGGUGAUUAAAUUCAGAUACAUGUCCAUACAUAAUUUGGUGUAACCAUUAGAUUCAGCCUCUAACCACAGGAGGGACCCAGCUGGGAGGGCCUAUGCCCCUUAUGUCACUUUUCCUGUGGUUGUAGCAGCGAGCUACCACCUGGAGUGGGUCACUGGCGGACCCCCAAACCUCGAGAGUAGCAGGAGGGCAUGCUGGAGCUGAGGGAGGAAAGGAAGCUGCAGGAACAAGUGGAGAUAGACAACACCUAAGUGCUUAGCCUUAAAGACAAACUAGAGUUUACACCCAAAGCAGCUCUGAACAGGAACCGAUCAGAAAAGAGCUAACCCAUCCUGGUGUGAGAGACUGUGUGAGGAAAUGAACUCUUUCCACUGACAUGUGUUAUGACCCGGCUCUUUGGUCACAACAAACGUAGACACAUGUUUAUUAACUAAAUGAAACCAAAUUGAAGGAUUAACUGAACAUUUACAAUAUGGGGUGUGGGUAUCACUAUAAUCAGAGUGGAGAGUCAGAGGAGAGAGUGAGCCCUGCUGGAACCAGGACUUAAAUAACCUGGGAACAACCUCAGGUGAUCUGCCUGGGAGCAGUCUUGAAAUUUAACAACACAUUACCUUUCAACUUGUCACUGUCCUCGUGUGAUUUAUAUUUAUCUGCUGCCACCUGUAGUAAGGGUGCGAGUCCGUCAUCAUGAAGACUCUUUCCGCUUUCUUUGUUUUAAUGAUCUUGGACAAAUUCCUGACGGGACACUGCGUAGAAACACAAGAUGAAAUUCUAUCAAUCACCCCAUCAACACAGGAACAUGUCGACAUCGUGAAGAAUGUGUCCACCCAAUAUGAGACAGCUUUAUGGCAGCCUGCUUCAUAUCAGUUCAUUGAAGAAGAAACUCAAGUUCACCUGUUUGUCCCGGCAAACAGCUUGGCGACUGUCAAAGAUUUGCUGCAGAAAAACAGCAUUAAAUAUGAGACGUUACUGGCCAACGCCAACGAUUUAAUCGAAAUGCAGAUGAGGAACGACUCCACAGACCCACGAAGCAGCUCAACUUUCUACCAGAGAUAUCACAAUCUGGGGGAUAUCUAUGAUUGGAUAAACAGGACCACGCAGGACAACCCCAGCACAGUCAAAGCCAUCCUCAUCGGCUCCUCAUAUGAGAAGCGACCGCUCUAUGUUCUGAAGUUGUCUUUUAAUAACAGACCGAAUAAGAAGGCAAUGUGGAUUGACUGUGGGAUCCACGCCAGAGAGUGGAUUGCUCCUGCUUUCUGUUUAUGGUUUGUACAUCAUUCCCUGGCUUUUUACAGCAUAAACCAAGAUAUCACUCAAAUUUUGGACAACAUGGAUGUCUAUGUCCUGCCUGUGAUGAACCCUGAUGGAUACCAUUACACAUGGACAACAAACCGGAUGUGGAGGAAGAACCGCUCCAUCAAGAAGGGGAGCACCUGCGUUGGAGUUGACCUCAACAGAAACUUUGAUGCCAACUGGUGCACGGAGGGAGCCUCUGACCAGCCCUGCAGUGAGAUCUACUGUGGUGCGUUCCAGGAGUCGGAGCCAGAGGCGCAGGCCGUGGCCGACUUCCUGCGCAGUCACAAGGACACGGUUCAGCUCUACCUCACCAUCCACUCCUACUCUCAGAUGCUGCUCUUCCCCUACUCAUACACCUUUGAUGAAGCAGAGAACCACAAAGACCUGCUUGAGAUGGCCCAAGAAGCUGCACAGAAAAUCAGAAGAUAUUAUAGGAGCAUCUACAAAGUUGGUUCUGGAGCCAAGACAAUAUACCUGGCUCCUGGUGGCUCUGAUGACUGGGCGUACAACCUCGGCAUCAAAUACUCCUUCACAUUUGAGCUCCAGGACAGAGGGCACUACGGCUUCCUCCUUCCACCAUCUCACAUUCCCGCAGCCUGCAAUGAAGCUCUGACAGCUGUGAAGACUAUCGCUCUCAAGGUUAUAGAGAAAACACAAGCUCAGACAAGUCCUCCUCAAACUGUUUAAGCAGUUACAACUACCAUUAAAGUUGAGAGUUUAAUAUUUUCAAAUAAAGACUGACAGGCUUCAUAGUUUCUCGAUCACCUGUAAGAGUGCUUUGUGUGCCUUGUGUAUUAUUACAUUAUUUUUGCAGGGAUGUUUUAUGAAUUCACUAGAUGUUUCAGUUGGAUCUCUGCUUUUAUUAGCUCGCUACCUUAUCUCGUUGCUCCAAGAGGAGAAGGAAAGUAUGAUGCAGCAGGAUAUUUCUGUCAGUUUUUAAUGCAGUUACAUAGAGGUCAAUAAAGGUCAUUGUUUGAUGCAG